GGCUCGCGUUCAACGUUCGCCGUGGAGUACCGCGGAUAGCCGCGAAGUUAGUACGCAAGAGAUUCAAACAGAGUGACGAGGUGGACCUCCGUGGCCUCCCGUUUGCCGCCUUUUCUUCGAGCUCCGAGGAAAUCACGAGGAAACAGAAAUCGCGCGCCGCCGAGGAAAGAGACGACGCGGCCGACGAAAAUUGGACACCGUUCGGUUGCCGGAAGCGCGAUAAAGACCUACUACGGCUUUGUCUAACCAGGAGUGGGAGGGAGAAGGAGGAAGAGAAAGAGAGAGAGAGAGAGAGAGAGAUAGAGAGAGAGACAAGUACACGGUAUACACGCAACUCUCUCUUACGUGUUACGCGCGGUCAGUGCGAGAGGCUGCGACGUGCCGCGAGCAUGCGUCUGCGACGGACGGCCCUUAAGGCGGAUACGCACCACGCCGACUCGUCGUCGCCCUUGUCCUCGUCGUCGUCGUCGUCGUCGUCGUCGUUGUCCGUAUUCGUGAAUGCUCGCUUUUCACCAUCGCUGCAGAACGAAUGCACGCGCUGAUACUGUCCGUGGGGGCAAAGAAUGGACGAACAGGUUCGUAGCCGCGCGCAUGUCAACGAUCGAGUCGAAACAGGCCUCGAUUUUUCGAUCGAUCCGUCGCGCUCGCAUUAACCGCGUAUCGAACGAACCAUGAUCGUGCGGAUCGCGAUCGAGAUCGCUGGUUCCUCGCUCUUUUUGCGAAAAUCCUUUUGCGAAUCCACGGCCACUCCUUCGAUUAUCAUCUCGGCAUCAUGUCGGUAAACAUUGGACGGGCGGUGACUCAAUUUCUCGCACCUGUGUUUGACAACACGAGCCGUUCAAAGAAAUCCACGUUUUAUGUGUUGAUCACCAGCCGAGAAGUGCGCGAAUUCUGGGAAAAAAUUUUCGAUGAUAUAUUUACCGCGUAACGAAAUCUUCAAUGACUUAUACGUGGAAUUCAUUGGAAUUCGCACGCCCAAAGUCGAGCGAGACGGUUUGUUUUGUUUUCGGCCGGCUCGAUAUCGUUUCUGUUUUCGUAUAUAUUCGAAGGGCGAGCGGUGUGGAAAAUUUGCCAGUCGAACCGUAGCAGUGACGCAAUACACUACUGGCUCGUGGGAAGAAUGUUUCGAUGUCUCGUUGAUCGGACAGUGAUUAUUUGAAGUUUUGUGACACAGUGUGUGUGUGUGUGUGUAUGUGUGUGUGUGUGUUUUUUCUCUCAGUGGACGCGUGGACCGAUCCGAACGUAUCGAACGAAUAGAAUAUCGUUCGAGUGUUUCCGAAAUACCGCGUCCGAGCAAUUUGUCAAGAUUUUUUGGAUCCACGAGGUGAAUCGAACCGGCAAGCUGGACGCGGAGGUCGGAGGCGGCGGAAGCCGCAGGGGUAUAAGCCCUCCAACGCACCUCGGCAAUAUAAACGAUCAUCCGGGUCUACGGGGUACACCGUUGGCGAUGCUCGCAGCCCAGUGCAACAAAUUGAGCAGCAAGAGCCCGCCACCGUUGGCGGACGCGGCGGUGGGCAAAGGGUUCCACCCGUGGAAGAAGAGCCCGCAGAGCAGCGGCAGCUCGCCCCAGCACUCUGCCGGGAGCGGAGGCGGAGGAGGAGGAGGUGGCGGGGGAGGGGGCGGCGGAGGAGGAGGCGGCGGCGGAGGAUGCACGACGACGGGAGUGAGUCAGAGGCCGGCGGCUACGAGCAGCGCCGGAAGCACGAGCGGUGGCUACGCGAGAGCGCCGGUCACGUCGUGCGCGUCGACCGCGCCCCAAUACGGCGGCGACCUGUACUUCCCGGGGACGGCGAGCGCCCAACCGGCCGGCGAUCCUCACCAUCAUCAGAGCAGCCUGCUCGGUAAGGUGGAGGGAGCCACGUUGGGCUCGGUUUACGGCCGGCACCCGUACGAGUCGUGGCCGUUCAACGCGAUGCCCGGCGCGACUCACGGCGGGAUUAAAGCGAGCGACGGUUGGUGGGACGUGCACGGGGCCGCGACAGCCGGCGGGUGGCUCGACGUCGGCGGAACGGUCGGCGUCGGUGUCCACGCCGCCCAAAUGGCCAACUACUCGGCCGACUACUCGACCAGCCUUGCCCUGGCCGGCAAUCAUUUGCUGACCACCGCGACCACCGCCGGCCACAAUCUCCUUCAAGACACGUACAAAUCGAUGUUGCCGGGGGGGCCGCCCGGAUUCGGCCUCCACCAUCACGCGGCCGCGACGGCGAGCGCGAGCGCCGGUGCCGGUAGCCCCCAGGGGAGCGGCGGUGGCGUGGGCGUGGGGGCGGGCGGCGUCAGCCAGGCGCCCUCGCCCCGCUCCCAAAGACGGUACACAGGGCGCGCGACCUGCGACUGUCCCAAUUGUCAAGAGGCCGAGAGGCUCGGCCCGGCCGGCGUGCAUCUGAGGAAGAAGAACAUCCACAGCUGCCACAUACCCGGCUGCGGUAAGGUCUACGGGAAAACGUCGCAUCUGAAGGCCCACUUACGGUGGCACACUGCGGCACCUUCGAACCCACACCGGCGAAAAGAGAUUCGCCUGCCCGGUCUGCAACAAGCGGUUCAUGCGCAGCGACCAUCUCGCGAAGCACGUCAAGACCCACAGCAGCAGCAGCAGCAGCAGCGGCAGCAAGGGCAAGGGGGGAGCGGGGAGCUCGUCGGCCGAGUCCUGCUCCGACAGCGAGGACAACGGGAGUCAGCAGAGUCCCACUUCCAGCUCGGUUCCGCCGCAGCCGCAGCCGCCGCCGCCGCCGCAGCAGCAGCAGCAGCAGCAGCAGCAACAGCAGCCAACGGCUCAGCAACAACAGCAGGGCCAACCGCCGGCUCAGCAACAGGCCCAGCAGCAGCAGCAGCAGCAACAGCAGCAGCAGGCUCUGGUGGCAGCGGCGGCGGCGGCGGCGGCGGCGGCAGCGGCAGCGGCGGUGGCGGCGGGCCAGGACACCACCAACAACACCACGUCCCAGACCACCACCACCACCACCCCCCUCGGCCACCAACCGACAACCCCCAUGACCCCAAUCCAGAUGACCCCGCCACCUCUGACCCCACACCAUCCCCACCACCCGCAUCUCCCCCCGCUAAUGCACCAUCCGCAUCAUCACGCGGCCUCCGUCCCGGCGGCGGCCCACCACCCGCACGCGGGGAUGAGCAUGCACUGAGCCCGGUGGGGCCCGGAGCCGGCUGCGCUUCCUCUGCCGCCGCAACGGCCCUGGGCUCCCCCCUAUCCUACCCCCUCAACCUGAACCUCGUCCAGAAUCACCACCACCACCAGGCCAUCAACCAGCCUCACCUCAACGCGACCUCCGCACCCCCCUCCGCACCCUCCCAUCACCAGCACCAUCAGCAACAGCAGCAACACCACCACCACCACCACCAUCAUCACCAUCACCACCACCAACACCAACACCAACAGCACCACCAACACCAGCACCACUCGCGUCAGGCCAAUUCCUAUUCCGUGCAACAGAAUCCUGGCACGCCGGGGACCGCGCAGACUCCCUCACCCUCGUCCCCCGCGCCUGUACAUAGUCUCUAGGUUGACGCGUCGCGUCUCGUCCACCGUCUCUCUCUCUCUCUCUCUCUUUCUCUCUCUCUCUCUGUUUCUUUCCCCCUUUUCUUUUCGCGCCAGUGAAACUCCUCUCCUACCGUCGAAUCGAAUCGAAUCGAAUCGAAUCGGGUGCGAAUCUCGCACGCAAAUUUUCGACUCUUGGUCGAUUCGCUCUCUUUCUCUUUCUCUUUCUCUCGUCCUCCCCUUCUCCCCCUCUCCCUCCGCCUCCUCUCUCGGAAAGAUUCGAGCCCGUCCCACGCACUCGAAUCCACUUACCGUCGAUACUUGUAAAUACUUAUACAUAGCGCGUGAGAAAAAGAUAUUAUUAUUAUUAUUAUUAUUAUAAUUAUUAUAAUUAUUAUAAUUAUUAUAAUUAUUAUUAUUAUUAUUAUUAUUAUUAUUGCAUUAAUUAUGCGGUUUAAUUUGUUAAGCGGUGUAAAGAAGAAGAAGAGGAAGAAGAAGAGGAAAAAAAAAAAAAGAAGUUAGAUAUACAAACGCACUGUCGCGCUGUACCAUACACCGAUAACACCUAAGUAGUUGUUACACACGUACAUACAUACACGUACGCGAGACACACACAGACACACACACACGUAUCACACAAUGCAUACACGCGCGCGAGAAGAAAAGAAAAGAAAAGAGAAGAGAAGAGAAGAGAAGAGAAGAAAAGAGAAAAGGAGGGAAGAGAAGAUCGAUGAAAAACGAACGGAACGCGGGCGUCGUAGGUUGUCGUAUCGUUCUCUCUCUCUCUGUCUCUCUAUCUCUCUCUCUCUCUGUCUCUCUCUUUCUCUCUCCCUCUCCCUCUCCCGAUAUUUCGGAGAGAAAUGCGUGCGACGAGGAAAUCCCUCUCUCCCCCCGCCCCCCGACUCGACCGAACGCGGUCGCGUGUAUACGCAGCAGGAAUCGCGUGUAUAUACAGCAUCCGGAUUUCCCUCCGCGAAGCAGGCUCGAGACGUCGAAAAUCUGGAUUUCAGAAACGAUUCGAGAAACUUGGAUUCGAAUAUUACUUCGAUCCCCGAUAUUUGAAACUAUUGAACGAAACUAUUUCUCUCGAAGGCGAAAACCAGAUUCUCGCGAGCUGUCGAUCUGCUCCUUUUUUCUGGAUCUUGGAUAUCGCUAUAUUAUGGAUUAAUUAUUAUGGAUUAAUUAAUUAAUCGAUUAAUUAAUUAAUUAUUAUCAUUAAUUAUUAUUAAUAAUUAUUAUUGAUGUAUUAUUAUAAAAAAUUAUAAAUUCAUUUUAAGAGAGAUAAAAAGGAAAAUAAACGAUGCUUUUGUGAGUAA